GUGUACCUCAUCCUCGUUAAAGGCGUUCAUGAUUGCAAUGAUGUGUAUCUCGUCCGAGGAUCCUUCGUGCGCAAGCUCCGAUGCCCCAAACUCAUCCUGUAUUUGGCGGAACACUGCAUGCAGAGGUCUAGAGGCCUGACCAAUGAUUCCAAUCCUUCUCUCUGGAUCUCCUUUGUAGCCUUGCACGCAGAGGCAGUUCGCCGUCGCCAUGCCCAGCCGUUCAGCCAGCACCGUGUUCCGCCCCACAGUCAGCACUUCAUCGAAAGAUUCAGCGCUCUGACUAAACGCACUAUUUCCCUCGGCUUCUCUAUCUUUCGCUCCAGGGUGCUCUUGACGUCGAGUCAUAUUCAAUUAUCCAUCAAACAUCCUCAACCCAAGUUCCAAUCUUACAGCUUUAUCACGAUGGGCGUGACUUCAGCCCCAACUCCCGCCAUUGUUGGCGCUUUGCAAUGCCAAAAGGAUUCUUAUCUCCAAACACUCGAGACAGAGGUAGUAUCCUGCGAAGAAUACGUACCACCAAAGUCCUCACAACAGAACGGAAAGUCAAAAACCAAGAAGUCCACAGACCCCACCAAAGGUCUUGAGAACGGGGACGCAGCAUCCGGCAGGACUUGGCUUAUCGAGCUUGCGGACUCAGUGCUAUUUCCGGAGGGCGGCGGCCAGCAUACUGAUCACGGCGUUCUCACAAUACUGAAGGGCGAAAAGAAGGAAGAAGUUCCAAUAAAAAGUAUCCAACGCCACGGCCUACGCUGUAUUCACUUCUCUCCAACGGCCCUUGAGCUUGGGACACCAGUCCGUCAAACCGUCGAUUUCGCCCGCCGCUGGGACCUAAUGCAACAGCACACUGGCCAACAUCUCCUCUCGGCUGUCAUGGACUCUAUGGACUUACCUACACUCGGCUGGAGUAUGGGCCAGCCCGGAGAAAUGAACUACGUGGAACUACCACGGAAGCCAUCGGAAGAGGAACUCCAAACCAUCCAGAAGGACUGCAACACCAAGAUCAGGGAGAGCAUGCCGAUCACUGUGGAAACACCAGAGGGCAAAGCAAGCGAUAGUCUGCCUGAAGACUACGAUAAAGAGAAGGGUGUUGUCCGAUUUAUCAAGAUCGGAGAUAUGGACUACAACGCCUGUUGCGGGACGCAUUUGCAGAACUCAUCUCACAUCAAUGUCAUUCUGCUUCACCACAUGCAGUCGGUACGAGGCACCAACUGUCGGCUCUUCUUUACGGCUGGCGAUCGCGCAAUCAAGAUGGCGACGGAGUCGAUAAGUGGUCUUCGCUCCAUCGCUGUGUCGUUGUCAUCUGGUUCGGCACCUGCGGAUGUUACGGCACGAGUACAGAAAAUGAGCGACCAAAUUUCUGAAGGGCAGAAGAAAGAGAAGAAAUUGCUAGCUGAGAUAGCAACAUUCGAGGGUGAUCGCAUAAAGAACUACCUUCAAAGCCACGACACGGUAUUUAUGCAUCGCGCCACAGAUGGUCUUGACUUUAUCAACCUCGUACUCUUCGAAAUCAAGGACAUCGUAAAAGAGCGAGAGGCUGUUGUGGUCUUGUGUUCGGGCGAGGUCAAUAGCUCUGGAUCCAUCGUCGUGUUCGGCAAACCUGAUUUGGUAGAGAAGAUGGCGGCGAAGGUGAGGGAGGUUGUAAGCACGGCUAAAGGAGGCGGCAAGGGCGAGAAGUGGCAGGGUAAAGUCACUGAGUGGCAUAAAGGCGAAGUUGAAGCGUUGAAGCAAGCUAUUGAUGCGCAGUAA